AGCCCCAAAGCCAAACAUAAAUAAGCCGAGUUUAACAUUAUCAGUAAAACACUAAAACAUAACAAAAUCAACUUUGAGGAGCACUAACUAAAGCUACACCUUUCUUCCGUUUUUCUAGUCAUUUAUCUGCUACUGUGAACUGUGAAGUUCUGCAGAUUCUUAAUCUUUAGGCCUUUUUUUCUUUUCUCUCAAUUUUAAGGCGAAUAAACUCAACAUACUACUAAAAAAGAGGCACCUAUGUGCCCAAAAAUUGAGCCAUGGGAUUCUCUGCUACUAUUCUUCUUCCCCAUAUUCCAGCUUCUUAUCGACGCCAUUGUUUCAAGUUCCGCUUUCUUAGGGCCCAUGAAAGGCACAAGGCAUUAUCUUUUGUAACAACAAGGUGCUGUGCUCUUCAUGGCAUCAAUUCAGUUCUGAGAGAUAGGAAAUCCAGCAUCAACAGCAAUGGCGCACCUGAACCUACAACGUCUCUUCUUGAGCGGUUGUUCGCACAAACACAGAAGCUGGAAGAACAUAUGCAUGUGAAUUCCCAUUAUUUUCAAGAUGUUGAGUCAGACCUCAAUAUUGAAAAUCUGGAGUCCGAUUUUGAGGCUGCACUAGAAGCCUUGAGAAUUAAGGAGGAAGAUCUGCAUGAAGCAGAAAGAAUGGUGAUGUUGGAGCAUGCUGAAUUGAAGCAAGCAAAGGAGGAGUUAGAGCGUAGGGAGGAGGAAAUUGCAGCAGCUUGUUCCAAGCAGGAGAAGUUGGAGGUGGAGUUAAGGCAGGCUAAUUUGAAGCUGAUCUCUCAGGCGAGGCAUGUAGAAGAUCUGAAACUGCGACUGAAGGAAAGAGAGCAGGAGAUUACUGCAGCGGAAUCUGCAUUGUUGUUGAAAGACGAAGAUUUGGAUAAAUUGACGCGUGAAUUGACACAGAAAAAUGAAGAAGCUUCCAAGACUGAAGCUCAGCUUAUAGCCAAAGCUCAGCUCUUGGAUGAAGCCAAUGACGUAGUGAAAAAGCAAGAUAUAGAACUUCGAGAACUGCGAAACGCCCUCCUGGGAAAGCAGCGAGAGAUAGAAGAAUUGUUAUGCACGCAGCAACUUGAAGCAGGGAAGUUAAAAUCUGCGGAGACAAAGUUGGAGAGGCAGACGAUGGAGUGGUUGCGAGCUCAGGAAGAACUCAAAAAGCUCGGGGAGGAAGCUUCCAGGCACAUGAAAGAGAGUAAAGAAACUCUGGAAGAUUUUCAGAGAGUUAAAAGGCUUCUUGUUGAUGUGAGAUCCGAGCUGGUCUCAUCCCAAAAAUCCUGGGUCACCUCAAGACAGAAAAUGAAGGAGCAAGAGCUGGUUCUGGAGAAGCAAUUGCUGGAACUAGAAGAGCAAAAGGAAACUAUUAUGUCCUACAUGAAUAGUCUGAAAAGUGCCCAAAUAGAAGUCGAAAGUGAAAGAGCAAAGCUCAGAGUUGCAGAGUCUCGGAAUAAGGAACUUGAGCUGGAUCUGUCCUUGAAGAGAGACUUAUUGAAGGAUCUACAGGAAAAGUCGGAUAGGGAGAAGUGUUACCUACAACAAGCAAUCAAUGAGGCAUCUUUUCUUGAAGAGGAGUUGAAUAAGAAGAACAGUGAAUUUGAAGAAACAAGCAGUCUCCUACAGAGUAAGGAAAAAGAAUUGGUGGACGCUAAAUUGGAAAUUCAACACUUAAUAUUUGAACAAAACUCCCUCCAGCUAAUCCUGCAAGAGAGAGAUCUGGAGCUCAUUAAUGCUAAGAAGAGAUUAGAGGAAGUCAACGCACAGGUGACAGAGCUGAAAGUGCUCUUGAAUAAAAAGGAAGAGCAGCUUAUCCUAACCACUGGCAUGCUGAAAGAAAAAGACGAUUAUGCUGAGGCAAUGCAGCAUGAUCUAGAUGAUGCAAGACAUAAGGCAUCUGAAGCUGAAACUGUGGUUGGAAGGAUUGUAGAUCUCACUAAGGAAUUGGUAAUCUCCACGAACGAAGACAUUCUAGGCAAAUCAAGUGACUUGGAAAAGUUUCGAUCGCAAUUGUUAGGAAAACCUGCAGAGGAUUAUAGAUGGCAGAAGACACAACUGGAAGCUGAACUUGAAUCAACAAAAGAGAUUCUUAGGGAAAAAGAGAUGGAACUUCUGGCUGCACAGAGGCAACUUGCAAUCAAAGACGAGGAGUUGAAAAUGGUUCUUCAAAGACUAGAAGAAAAGGGCAGAAAUUUAAAAGAAUUAGAGGAGGAAAAGCUUCGAGAUGCUGAUGAUUUGAAGUUCUCUAUCUUGACACAAGAGAGACUUGGACAGAACGGUGUAGAUGAUUUAGCUAUUGAGAAACUUCAACUUGAAGCUGCUCAGCUUGAGGUUGAGGCUGCAACUAGUGCUCUGCAAAAACUUGCUGAGAUGAGCAGAGAGCUUCUAAAUAAAGCUAGCUUGAGCAUGGAUGCUGAUCUCGAUGUCAACGUCUUCCCACAGAACGGUUUUGGCCCUAAGUCAUGGUUGGUUGACGACAAUGUCCCCCCACAAAAUGCGGUCGACCCAGGAUCAGAUAUGGUUGAAAGUAACGAGUGUCUAAGUGAGUUCAAAUCUGAAGUUGCCCGUCUAUCAGCUUUAACAGAAAGGUUAGUCCUAGAAGCAGGUGUUGUCAGUGUUGCAACCUCAUAGUAGAAGUCUCCAUUCAGAUGUUCUGGUUGAAAUUUGUGUAUAAAUAUGCAUAGUUAUUUGUUAUUCCAUUUUGUUAGAAAAGAAGUUUUGAUUUGGAAGCA